CCGGAAGUUACGGGGCCCUCACCAAAGCGGAGGGUUUAGCACGCGCGCGCGGUAAGCUCUUCCGUCAGGUGUGUUGUGGAAAUGGUGGAGAAGAAAACUUCGGUUCGCUCCCAGGACCCUGGACAGCGGCGGGUACUGGACAGGGCUGCCCGGCAGCGCCGCAUCAACAGGCAGCUUGAGGCCUUGGAGAACGACAAUUUCCAGGAUGAUCCUCACGCGGGACUCCCCCAGCUUGGCAAAAGGCUGCCUCAGUUUGAUGAUGAUGCAGACACUGGAAAGAAAAAGAAGAAAACUCGAGGUGAUCAUUUUAAACUUCGCUUCCGAAAAAAUUUCCAGGCCUUGCUGGAGGAGCAGAACCUGAAUGUGGCCGAGGGCCCCAACUACCUGACAGCUUGUGCAGGACCCCCAUCCCGGCCCCAGCGCCCCUUCUGUGCUGUAUGCGGCUUCCCCUCUCCGUAUACCUGUGUCAGCUGUGGCGCCCGAUACUGCACCGUGCGCUGUCUGGGCACUCACCAGGAGACCAGGUGCUUGAAGUGGACCGUGUGACCCUGGGCGUCCCUGGAGAGGAAGACCCUCCAUGCAUCAUUAUGCUGGCCUUGGAGAGGACAUCAAAAGGAAAGGUGCUCCCCUGGACCAAGAGAAGAACUGUUCACCCAACCAAUAAACCUCAUAUCUCAUCCCCCAGGGAAGGCCAGUCUCACCCCUGGGGAUGUGGAGGAAAGUGGGCCAGCCCUCAGGGUACCAUCUACUACUGAAAGGUCUCGUGUGAGGAGGCACCUGCCUUUUGGUCACAGGGUGUUUUGGGGGUGAAGGUGAUUGGUCAUGUCUUUCUCCUACUCACUGCUCUGUGUCUUUUUCUCCCUUUUCUAUCAAUCACCCCUCUCACUGUCUGCCCCUCUAGGUCCCUGACUGCAAGAUUUUGUCCCAUUGUCCUACCAUUCCCAUGUCUCUGUCUUCCUUGACUGCUUCUCUGUGUCACUUUUUUGGUUAUUGAUUUGGUUCACUUGUUUUUGCUUUUAGUUUCUCAAGUUCCUCUGCAUGUCUUUUGAAUACAGUGAGGCCCCAGGAAUGGCCAGCCUAAUGGAAGGGUUGUCCUGAGGAUGCUCUUGUUUGCAGGGGCCGUGGUACAUGCAGUUAUUAGCAGAGGAAACCCAGGAGUUCUUGGGAGGCAUGGAGAAUUCAUGGUGUAGAGGUUCCUGUUCUGGGUGGCCCUGGGUGCUGUAACUCUUGUGUGGUCCUGGGGCUUCUCAUGUCACGCCUGACGUCCUUGGAGUUGCUGUCCUAGUUGCCCAGUACCCUGUUGGGACAUAGCCAAGCAGGUGCUUAGGAAGUAUUUGUUGAACAUAUGAACUUAAUAAGAUGUUAAUGAAAUCCAGCAAAGUCAGUGUUAGGCACCUUCUUAGGUUCUUCUCCCCAUCUUGAGGGACUUUCUUGGGACUGACCCAAAUGUUCCUGGCGUUUUCCUGAAGAACUGCUUGCUCUUUCUCUGGAGACUUGCAGUUGGGAAAGUGGCAUUGGUGACAGCUUUGUGUUGAGUAGUGGUGAGAAUGGGGUUUACAGGCAGUCUCAAGUGUGGUGGUGGUUUUAAAAGAUGGCUAAAGGCCCUGGCUAGUGUAGCUCAGUGGAUUGAGAGCUGGGCUGCAAACUAAAGGGUUGUUGGUUCGAUUUCCAGUCAGGGCACAUGCCUGGGUUGGAGUCCAGAUCCCCAGUAGGGGGUGUGCAAGAG